AAGGUAUCUUGAGCUAGAUAAUUUCGGAUUUUAUCUCAUAAUCUACCGACAUGGUGCUUUCUCGACAACUAGGUACCUGUCAUGUCACGAUUUACAUUAUCCCACGAAUGAAUAGGUGAGAUGGCUCAUGUACAGCUUCAGAAAUUCGAUCCAGCCUCAUCGCCUUGUCAAACCUGCAGUACGUCUUCAGCCAAAACUUUUACUUGCAUCCAGUGUAAUAGUCUAGCGUUUUGUGAUGCUUGUUGGCCAAAAUGGGUUCUUCAUACCCCUGGGGCAAUCGGCUGGGGCGGAAAGCCUCAUGAAAAGGCCGACCCGGUAGUAAUCAAAAGGCUCCGUGAAAUCUUGGAACCCGUACGUACGGAAGCAGAACAUGAAGCUGAAUUGAUUAGAGACCGGGAGACAACAUGGUUUGGUUUCAGCCGGGACACUUCCGGCCAUCCCAUCUUUCAGGAUUGGGGGAGGUUCGCUGCAAUCAUGAAUGAGAGCCACUCAAGCAGAAUUGCCGACCGAUACCCUCAGCUUGUGUCAUUCAUAGGGGAAACAGGAGCGGGAAAGAGUACAUUGAUCAAACUCCUCAUAGAUCGUCAGAAUUCGUACUCUUCGCAGACAAUGAAUCACUACAGCCCAGUCUCUUCUUCAAGCAAUGAUUACAUCCCAACCACGGGGGACGUUCAUCUUUAUGCAGAACCUUCGACUUUACUCACUGAUACCCCUUUACUAUUUGUAGAUUGUGAAGGAUUUAAUGGCGGCGAAGCAAUGCCUAAAGCUCUAAGAUGUCAUCCACAGAACGAACGUGACGAAGAGCUUCCAUCCGAGAGAGACAUGAAUAAUCUAUUACGAUCAAGGUACAGCUCUCAGAGAUACAUAACUUGGGCGAAGAGCCCCCAGACACAAAAGAGGGAAUAUGCAGUCUCUCAGUUAUAUCCGAGAAUUCUGUAUACAUUUUCAGAUGUAGUAGUUUUUGUGCUACGGAAUCCAAGGUCAUUCGAGUCUACAGUCCUAGACAAGCUUGUGCGAUGGGGUGCAGCAUCGGUUGAUAAAUCCCUUAACCAACCGGCUCUUCCUCAUGCAAUCAUUGUUCUCAACGCAACAGAGGAUGUCGAUGAAAAAGAGUGGGAUGUGGCGACGGCGACGAAAACUCUCAUAUCGGCUAUCCAAGGUGCAAUUGAGCGGGAGCCAGCACUUGACGAGUACGUACAGGUUUGGCGGAAGCGUGGCAAGGAGAUAGAAAGCACCGAGGAUCUCCUCAAACAGUACUACGCAUCCAUCACCAUAAUCCGCAUUCCGCGCCAAACUUCAUACAUGUUGAUGGAUCAGCAAGCUGAGAAGCUUUUCAAUCUGAUCAAGAGUCGUUGUUCCGACUCGCAUAUAAAAAGGAAACAAGCAAGAAUGUUAGCUAAUUCUGAUAUGAUUCAAGAAUACCUCCAAGCUUCAUUUGAUCAUUUUACGAAAGACCUAGAGUUGCCAUUUGACUUCGUGCAGGAAGCUUUACGCAAGAACCCCGUUUCACGCAGCUUCGAAGGGAAUAUUCUGAACUUGGCAGUGUCUAUGAGGGACCACUCGAAGGACAAGAGUCUCCAAGAUGAUGCGAACAAAUUAUUUCUGAAAUUGGCACCUAUGGUAGCAUCCUGUGUCAUGUUCGAUGCCGUUCGACAGAACAGACUCGGCACUGGUGCUCAGCUACUGAGUAAUGCCUAUACCGAUCUCUGUAUAUCAGCUCUCCAAGUUUUUGCAGAUUUAUAUUGGCCUUGCAACUUUCGCCAUCUCACAAACGAACCAACCCAAGGGCGCUGUUGUAAUGUAAAGUCAGGACACAAUCCGAAAGGACACCAGAACAAAUUCGGUAAAAUCAUUGGCUAUGGUCAAUACCAGUCCAAUUUCGAUCUUCCAGUUUUUAUUCCAAAAUGGAAUGAAUUGAUCCAUUACAGUCUUGUCAAGCUUCAAGCCGCAGCAUAUGAGCUGGGCCAAAAGCUCCCAGGAAGAACUGAUCUCCAGAUUACCUCAAUUUUGCAUCGAGAACGUAUUAACGUAUUUUACGGCGCUCUUGGAAACCCAUCCGACUUCGUAAGCCACUCUGCUUGCUUCUUGUGUCUAAGAGGGCUCCCAGAAUGCGUUCUUCCAUGUGGUCACGUGUUAUGUCUAGCAUGCGUGAAAACGUAUGGGCGUGCUAGUUCAAGGACUACGGUUGAGUUGAAUCGCUGCCCUCUUCAUGUUCGUGAGAUCAUGGCAGAUCCGCCGUGGGUCGUUAAUAUUAAACCACCAUAUGCUGGCGUUCGUGUUUUAUGCCUUGAUAGCGGCGGGAUAAAUGGCAUCGUGGAGCUGAAGGUACUUCAGGCCAUUGAGAAGAUUCUGGGACUGAAAUUGCCCAUUCAACAUUUCUUUGACUUAAUUGUCGGCACAGGUGCCGGUGGUAUUUCAUCCCUUGGAUUAGGGGUAAUGGGUGGGUCAAUUAACAAUACCAUCAAACAAUUCAAAGCGCUAUAUCAGGAAGCUUUUACGCCCCGAGAGAUGAUUCGUAUACCGCUCCUCAAAAACUUGUCUAGCACCUAUCACGGCAGUAUAUACAAGACGAAGCCUCUGGAAACAGCACUCAGGAUAGGGUUUUCUGAACAGAACCUUUUUGGAGAUGUCCAGUCUCGGAAUGAGAUGUCUAUCAAAGUCGCUGUUACUUCCACAACCGUCUGUGGAAACAAAGCCGUGGUUUUUUCUAAUUACAAUCGACCAGAUAUCGCUAGUCAGAAUCUUCCCUACGAGUUUAUACGCCCCCGAGAAUUGUCAAAGGAGAUAAAGAUAUGGGAAGCUGCUCGCGCUACUACUGCCGCCACGCCCUACUUCAAGAUAUUCCAAAGGGCGGAAACGGGUGGCCAAUAUGUUGAAAGUAGCUUGCGGAACGCUUGCCCAGUAGAGGUAGCACAGCAGGAAAUGAAGCUGAUUUGGAGUGAUGUUACUAACUUACCCCCGGAUAUUAUGCUUUCCAUUGGCACUGGCCGUAGUGUUAAGCAUAGAAAAACAUCUUUGGGAGGCGGCAAAUCCACGUUUCCAAGCCCUGAUGCUUCGACCUCACUCAGCAUGUCUCAUAGAACAACGACGAGAAACACUCUCUCUAAAUUAUCCGAAGAAGACAAAACUGACGACCUGAUCUGUAGCAGUGUCUGGGAUAAGUUCAUGGCUGGAAAUUUUGCAUUGACUUCAUCUGAUACAACAGGAGAACGUCAACGCUAUAUCCGCAUCUCCCCCGAGCUUAACAUACCAGCACCGAAGUUUGACGACAUCCAAAGAAUUGAUGAAAUUGAUCGAGAAGCGGAGGAAGUUCUCCAGCAGAACAUGCUAGAAGUGAAAGAAAUAGCGCACAGGCUCAUAGCAAGCACCUUUUUCUUCGAGAAGGAAGUUGGUUCUGUAAAACAGACGUCCUCUGGUUACGCGUGUAAAGGAUCAAUAUACUGCAGAUUCCGGAACUCCUCCGAAGAGAUGAAAGGCCUUGGAGCUUUCCUCAAAUCAAGCCUCAAGGGAAAUUUUGAGCCUUAUCUCUCGAUCGAAGACGAUAUUCCCGGAUCGGCAGCACGACAUAUCGUACUGACUGGGUCUGCUAUUCGCAACAUGCACCAGCAGGGCUAUUUCGAUAUGGAACCUAUUCAGAUCAAUGCGCUGAAAGAAUAUGCGGCGAUUAAGAUAACACUCUGUCUACAGAGUACACCGUAUGUCUCUGGAGAGAUGAAGUUACCAAUCAGUGGGUUUCCACGCCAGUUAAUGAGCGAGGAUGCCAUUCAUACAGGUUUGUAUCCGGAAUCUACGUUUCUCACCCGACAGUAUUCAUCUAAGAAACCAAUGUCAAAAGCGUCGGCAUCCGACACGAUUCCACCAACGAACAAGGUCUUAUCGUCAUUAGAACCAGUGGCGGAGUUACCAGAGACUCUAGCGCCGAUGCCCGAGCUUCCCUCCGAAGAGAUAUAGAAACAGUCUAUGCAAUAGUUAGGGUUUGGAGCUGUCUGAGCUGGAUGGAUCUCUUAGGAUUUGAAGAGCGGUUUUUGUCGAGGAAUCCUGUACAAUAGGGCGACAAUCCCCUAAGAUAUCAUGUAAUGGAAACAGUUCUCUC